AUGAUGCUUGAUAGCGGUGCUGCAAUGCGCGAGAGCCGGUGGUCGGGCAUUUGGCGCUUUGUAAAGUCAUACACGUCACAUGUGGGGUCGGCAUACCUUGAGUUUGCAACACCCGUUGCCCUCUUUUUUAUAUUUAACAUGGCAUUGGACAUGCAGGACACGGAGCGCUUUGGUCUUGCGUGGAUUCAUUACUCCCGCGUAGACGACGAGCGAGAGCGUGAAGAAAAGUUCCCGGCAUAUGAACCCGGAAGCGCUCCGCAGCUCAAACGAGUUAAAGCAGCCACAACGACGGAGUACAUCGCCUCCACAGCGUAA